AUGCCUGCCAUACUAUCAGGAGUCAAUGCCAAAGGAGAAGAGAACUUUCGUCCGCUGAUUGAGACAGUUUUAAUCGAUCUUCUACGGGUGGCAGCAGAUGCACCAGUGGAAUGGCCUGCUGCCAGCCUCAUCCUCUCCGUCUUUGGGCAGAGUUUUAUUCAGCAUGUGAAUAAUUCCUCUUCAACCAGUACUAGCUCUUCAAAAGGUCCCAGCUCACAAGGUAAUUCUUCUUCCGGCCGCAAUGCUUGUCCAAACACCCGUGCCAUCGCUCUUGAAUCUCUUAUCACGCUGGCCGGUGGAAUGUAUCAGUUGGAGAAGAUUCGCUAUUCAACCAGAAAGACCGGAUGUAUUGAUAUUGUUGAAGUGAGGAGUGCACUGUCUGCUUUUCUUUCAAGUCCAAUUCUGGGUUUGUACAAUCUCACUUUGACUACCGAUGAUUCACCAAAUACCAUGGCUCCCGUUGAUCAUGUGAAGCAACGAGAAUUUGCCUUUAAACUCAUCUCUCGUCUUCGCUAUACCUACUUUGAUGGCCUCUCUUUGGCCGCGAAGCGUUUUCAUUUGAUGACCUGGCUUCACGAAAUCAAUCAAGAGUUAUCUUCCACAAAUCCAGGCCCCAAUGAUGAGCGGCGAAAACAACUUGAAGAGAUGCGCAAGAACUUGCUGAUCGAAUUCGCCUCCACACAUCACAGCAUCUCGGGCAAUGCACCAUGGUUGCCACCUCCUCGAGGAGCUGGUGUUCUCUCUGCCACCGGGGGUCCAAUGAGUGUCAGCGGCGGGGGUGGUGGCUGUAGCGGGGGCACCCGAGCAGGUCUUAUUAGUCCUGCAGCCUCUGAACCGAGUGUUGCUUGGGGCUCCGGUCCACUGAGUGACAUCAAAUUGGCUCUUUAUACUGGCUAUGGCAUGGGGGUGGACUCAAGACGCAAAAAGACGGCACGAGCGCAUCGACUUGCAACAAAAAUUGCUCCCACCUACUCGCAUAUACCAAUUGGAUUCGAUGUCCUCUAUAUGCAGAUUGUCAAGCUGGUUCACGAUCCAUCCUUGGCUAUACGAACUCGGGCUAUUCGAGGCCUCUCAACUCUCGUUGAGAUAUACCCCGAAUGCAUUCCAGUGCCAACAAUUAAGGAGGAGAAUUCGGGUAAUCUCAACGCCUCUGAUCUGAUUUCAAUCAUUCCUCUUCGAUUAAUGGAUAACUCACCAAUGGUUCGAGAAGCUGCCGUUGAACUAGCUUCUCGGUUGGUUACAAUUCCAACGUCUGGAAACUAUUCAGUCUUUCUCGCUAAGCUUUUUAAACAUCUGAUCAAUCGGGUUCUUGAUCUACAGAUCAGUGUACGAAAGAGGGCUAUUAAAAGCCUUCAAAAUCUCCUGCUUCUUAACCAACAUUCCGAUAAUCCAGAAGAGACACGACACGCAUCACAAACAAUCAUCCUCUCUUCUAAACAGAACUUCGAAGCCUGUGUUACCCUUCUAAGACGUUCAAAUGAUGAAGAAUCCAUCAAGCAGAAAAUCGUAAUGGAAACAUUUACUUCUCUGUGGUUCACUCCUCUUUCAACGUCUGAUCCUUUGAAACUGGCAUUACUUCUCGAAAGACACGCUAGAAAUAUCUGUGAAACCGUUCUACAUGUCCGCAAUCGAGUUGCAGGUGUGGUGGAAGACUUUAUGAAGUCGAUUCUCAACCAAGAUGGACCGGAAAAGGCUGCUCAAGUUGACGCCGCUGCUUCGCAAAUUGUUGAAUUUUUGGUCAAAAUGAUUCAACGACUGCACAACGCGAAUUGGCACGUUUCGAACUGCCAAUUUCAUCCGAAGCAUAAUCGAGAGAGCGAAUCCACCACAAAACCGAAUUGUGAGUGUUCUGGUCAACCAGCUGAUGGGUUGUCUCCCUCGAAUACCUUCCUAUUGCUCAGCAUGAUAGCCAAACCUAGGCCGCAGUUGCUUCUCCAGCAUGUACCUUUCAUCACAAAGAUGAUCACCUCAAUUAUGCCACCGAAUAGCGGAAGUGUUCCCGAUGGAAACGCUCUCUCCUAUGCCAUUGAGAUUAUCGAACCUUGUUGCUUCCAGGUUGCCUCUAAGGGUGGUACCAACUUGAGUCAACUGUUUCCUAAUGGCACCGUCUCGUUGGAAGAUUGUCUUGUCUACCUACUUCAGCGUCAUUGUCGAGUCGUUGUGGACGCUUCAUUGUCAUGUCUAGCAACUAUUGUUAAUCAUCUCACCAAAGAUUAUACUCGGGUUGCAGUGUGCUUCGCUAAUUUCUAUGGCAAGUUUUUUCUGUCCUAAUGUCUCAUUCAAGAGAAGAAACGAAAGUUACCCGUAAUCAAGCCUGUAUCAUCUUCGAUGUCAAGUUCCAACUCCUUGUCUGUUCGUUCCCAUUGGCGUGCUCGACCAAAGGUUCUUCGAGCUGUCUACACAGUUGGUCUCAUCUGCAAACUCUUCUCACUCCAAGAUCUCGCCAACGCUGCUUUCGAGCUUGUCAAUCUGCCCAAAGGUGACCCUCGCUUGCCACCGGAUGCCAAUAUUUCCAUUCUUUCUCAUCAGGCUUCAAGUGGAAAGAAUAACCGGGAUGAGGUCUUCAACACACUUAUGUUCUUUGCGGAAACCGCUCUUCUUUUGAAUGUGGAUGAGGAGACAAGGCGAGCUAUAAAUGCGGCCGGAGGGUAUGAUGUCGAGAUGGCUAAAAAAGCGAUCGCUGGUCUUUCAUUCCUAGCCAAUCGGCAUGACUACCUCUUUCGUUCUUCGAGAUUGCAGGACUUCUUUAAGAGUAUCCUAAGCGGAGUGAAUGCUGCCUUUCCGAAGGAUGCGGUGGCAGAUCUACAGUGCAUUGUUCUAGAUUGCAUCAAUAACUUCCUUGUAGAUGAAGAAAAGACUGCAGCGGCUAAUGAUAGCAAUUGGUCGUCGCAGAGCAAACAGGAAUCUUUAAAAGUCUUGGGCGAUACUAGAGAUGUGCAUGGAAGCACUGUGGUGCAAAUUUACCUUCAAACCGCCCUGGAACAUUGUGUAACUUCGGCAUCAACCACUGUGCGUACAAAAGCCCUCACUUUAAUUUCCACAGCCAUGCGUCAAGGUCUUAUGAUGCCUUUUCCCUUCAUUGCCGCUCUAAUUUGUCUUCAAACUGAUGUGGAGAACACAAUCAAAUCUCGGGCUGUCAUCCUUCUUCAGGAGAUUGUUCAACAACAUUCGGGUUUCUUGGCGUUGAAAGCUGCUCCGGGUAUUCGAAGUGCAUUCCAACUGCAGAAGAUUAUUGCAGCAUCAAGCGGUGGCAAUGACGGCCGUCAGGAGACCCUUAUUCGGGGUGCGUAUGUCAACAAGCCCAUUGCGGGGUCGGAAAAAUCUGAUUCGACACUUGUGCGACCCACAGCUCUGAAUCACCCGACCUACAGUCUUCUUCAGUCAAAUAAGCAUCAUCGUCGGUCACUCAUCUCAAAUCUAGUCAAUCUUUUUGAUAACGAUUAUAAUUCGCAGUUGAGGUCUUCCUAUGCCUCAGACAAUGGAAUUUCCUCACACAAAUCGUCUUCUGUCGGAGUCAACUCAGCCAAUUCUGACUCACCGUCCGGAGACAGCGGUCUUCAAGAGCUCGUUUUCAUUUGCGACCAAUUGGCUCAUUUCCCCUACAAGACCGUGGAUGAGAUCUACUACCUGGCUCGAAUACUAGACAUUCGUGUGAGCACAAUUGGGUCAGCUAUUGCCCGUAGUCUACAGGAUUGUCUUCUCUCCUCGGCACAUCUUAAAACGGAGUCCGCUUAUCAGGGGGAUACUGAAAAUGCUACUGAGCUACCUCCGGUUUAUGAUCGAAAG